AUGGUGACUUUCAGUUACGACACCAUGAAUUUACCCCCACCAAACACCAUUAUCUCAACAGCCGCUUCGCUAGCCGCCACCGCAGUCCUCAUAGGUACACUCGCAACCGACUUUAUACCUCAACCAAUCCAACAAUUCUUCUCCACCCAGUUUACAAACCUCUCAAAGUCACUUUCCUCCCAGCUCACCGUGGUCGUCGACGAAUUCAAUGGCUUAACACCAAACCACAUGUUUGAGGCUUCCAAUGUUUACUUGGGGACCAAGAUUUCUCCCUUGACUCGUCGUAUUAAGGCUAACAAGAGUAACAAGGAGAAUUAUGUUAGUUUUUGUAUUGAUGUUGCUGAAGAGAUUGUGGAUUAUUUUGAAGGGGUGAAAAUUAGUUGGAUUCUUAAUAGCGGUUUAAAACAGAGUGUUGAAGGUGGUUUCAAUAAAAAGAAGAAGAGAGAUAGUGGAAGUGGAUUGGAGAAGAAUGAAAUGAGAUAUUUUGAGAUUAAGUUUCAUAAGAAGUACAAAGAUUUGGUGCUUUCCAGAUACUUGCGUCACGUCCUUAUAGAAGCAAAGAACAUAAAACAGUCAAGCAAGGAAAUUAAGUUACAUACAGUUGACUAUAAUGGAACUGAUUACUGGAGUUGUAUAAAUUUGGAUCACCCAGCAACAUUUGAUAAGAUUGCAAUGGACCCAGAAUUGAAGAAAGGAUUGAUAGAGGACCUUGACAGGUUUAUAAGCAGAAGAGAGUAUUAUAGGAGAGUUGGGAAAGCUUGGAAACGCGGGUACUUGCUGUAUGGACCUCCUGGUACAGGGAAGUCUAGCUUGGUCGCUGCCAUGGCUAAUUACUUGAAGUUUGAUGUGUAUGAUUUGGAUUUGAGGGAGGUUAUGUGUAAUUCUGACUUAAGGAGGUUGUUGAUUGGAACAGCAAGCAAGUCGAUUCUUGUCAUUGAGGAUAUUGAUUGCUCUAUUGAUUUGCAAAAUAGAGAUGCUACAGAGGAUGGUGCUAAAGCUGCGGAAGAUGAAAAGGUGAGUUUAUCAGCCUUGCUUAACUUCAUAGAUGGGUUAUGGUCUACUUGUGGUGAUGAACGGAUUAUAGUAUUCACAACCAAUCACAAGGACCGUCUUGAUCCUGCACUGCUACGCCCUGGCCGAAUGGAUGUGCAAAUCUACAUGUCUUACUGCACUUUCAGUGGGUUUAAGCUCCUUGCUGCCAAUUAUCUCGAGAUUCAUGAUCACCCUCUUUUCGAUGACAUUAUGAAAUUGUUGGAUAACGUUAAUGUUACACCUGCUGAAGUUGCUGGUGAGCUUAUGAAGAGUGAUGAUUCUUUAUCCGUGCUUGAACGUCUUGUUAGCUUUCUAACAGUUCGAAGUGAAAUUCAAGUCUUAUAG